AUGGAUCAUGUGUUUACACUGCUGGAAGAACAAGCUGAUAAAUUGGAACGAAUAGUGGAAGAGCGAUCGAAAGAGUUACUGGAGGAAAAGAAGCACACCGACAUGUUGCUGGAUCGUCUAUUACCGAAAGAAAUUGCUGACAACCUGAAGAACGAGGAGCCGGUGGAGCCAGAAGCAUUCGACUCUGUCACUAUCUUCUAUUCGGAUGUUGUAUCGUUCACGUCCAUCUGUGCGCAGUGCACACCAUUACAGGUUCCCGUGUUUUAA